CCGGACACCCAGACAGAGCAAAGGUGAGGCGGCCCGGGACUCAGACGCCAUGAGGCUGCUGGCCCUCGCGGGACUGCUGGGAGCCCUGACCGCCGCAUCCUCGGACCCCAAGGCACCUGAGCCCGUGUUUGGGCGCCUGGCGUCCCCCGGCUUCCCGGGGCCGUACCCCAAUGACCAGGAGCGGCGCUGGACCCUGGUGGCGCCCCCGGGCUACCGCCUGCGCCUCUACUUCACCCACUUCCAGCUGGAGCUCUCCUACCUGUGCGAGUAUGACUUCGUCAAGCUGAGCGCAGGGACUAAGGUACUGGCCACGCUGUGCGGCUGGGAGAGCACCGACACGGAGCGGGCGCCAGGCAACAGCAGCUUCUACUCACCCGGCCCCAGCCUGGAGGUCACCUUCCGCUCCGACUACUCCAACGAGAGGCCCUUCACAGGCUUCGAGGCCUUCUACGCGGCCGAGGACAUCGAUGAGUGCCACGUUCCCCCCGGAGACGCGCCCCGCUGCGACCACCACUGCCACAACCACCUGGGCGGCUUCUACUGCUCCUGCCGCGCGGGCUACCAGCUCCACAAGGACCAGCGCACCUGCUCAGCGCUGUGCUCAGGCCAGGUUUUCACUGCGAGGUCCGGGGAGCUCAGCAGCCCGGAGUACCCAGAGCCGUACCCCAAACUCUCCAGCUGCACCUACAGCAUCCGCCUGGAGGAGGGCUUCCGCCUCAGCCUGGACUUCGUGGGCUCCUUUGAUGUGGAAACGCACCCCGAAGCCCAGUGCCCCUAUGACUUCCUCAAGAUUCACACAGGCCGCCGGGAGCAUGGCCCGUUCUGUGGGACGACACCGCCCCGCAGAAUCGAGACUCAGAGCAACACCGCCACCAUCACCUUUGUCACCGAUGACUCCGGGGACCACACAGGCUGGAGGAUCCGCUACACCAGCACGGCCCAGCCAUGCCCUGAUCCGAGGGCGCCACCUAAUGGCCGCAUUUCACCAGUGCAGUCCCAGUACAUCCUGAAGGACAGCUUCUCCGUCUCCUGUGAGACUGGCUAUGAGCUUCUGCAGGGUUCCUUGCCCCUGAAGUGGUUUGCUGCGGUCUGUCAGAAAGAUGGAUCUUGGGACCAGCCCAUGCCCCAGUGCAGCAUUGUAGACUGCGGUCCCCCUGAUGAUCUACCCAAUGGCCGAGUGAACUACAUCACAGAGCCUAACGUGACCACUUACAAGGCUGUGGUGCAGUAUAGCUGCAGAGAGACCUUCUACACCAUGAAGAGCAACCACAGCAAAUACGUGUGUGAGGCUGAUGGAUUCUGGACGAGCUCCAAAGGAGAGAAAUCCCUCCCAAUCUGUGAGCCCGUCUGCGGCCUGUCGGCGCGCUCGGGCCACGCUCGCGGAGGCCGCAUCUUCGGGGGCCGAGCCGCCGGGCCCGGCGACUUCCCGUGGCAGGUGCUGCUGCAGGGCGAGGGCACGGCGGCGGGCGCGCUGCUGGGCGACCGCUGGGUGCUGACGGCCGCGCACGCCGUGUACGAGCACCGGGACGACGCGUGGGGCCUGGACGUGCGCCUGGGGACGCUGCGGCGGCUGGACCCGCAGGCCGUGCGCGCGCGCGCCCAGGCCGUCUUCAUCCACGGCGACUACGCGCACGGCGCGGGCUUCGACCACGACGUCGCGCUCAUCAGGCUGGAGGAGCGCGUGGCCCUGGGCCGCGCCGUGGCGCCCAUCUGCCUGCCGGGCCGCGCCGCGGGGCCCCCGGCCGGCGCCGUGGGCUCGGUGGCGGGCUGGGGGCUCACGCACCGCGGCUUCCUGGCCCGCAGCCUCAUGUACGUGGACGUGCCGGUGGCCGAGCCGCGGGCCUGCGCCGCGGCCUACGAGCAGCAGCCCCGGCCCGAGGCGCGGGUCACCGACAACAUGCUCUGCGCGGGCCUGGAGGAGGGCGGCAGGGACAGCUGCCGGGGCGACAGCGGCGGCGCGCUGGCCUUCCUGGACGAGGCGACGCGGCGCUGGUUCGUCGGCGGGAUCGUGUCCUGGGGCUCCGUCCAGUGCGGGGAGGCGCGCCAGUACGGGGUGUACACCAAAGUCGCCAACUACGUGUCCUGGAUCGAGAGCACCGUGCGCAACAACGCCUAG